CGGCGAAGCUCGACCGCGCCUUGCGAAGACGGCUCCGGAGUUAAUGCAUAUCAGUGUGCUAAUUGUUGGGUUGGGAUACUGUAUCGACCGCGUGCAAUGCGCCAGCGUGGGCCGACCGCCACGGCCCUCUCACCUGGAAUUUACAUGGAUGGUGUUACGGCCUUCGUUUCUGGAACCGUACCACGGGCUCCUCCACUGGCUGAAACAACAGCAACUGUCAACCCUCCAGGUGUAUUUGCUACCACCAUGUCCCCAAAGCUCGUUGGCAUUUCACCCGUCCUUUCUCGAAUACAGCCACCUAUACAGAAUAGAAUAAUGACUGAUAAUACAAGACAUAAUAUACCUUGUGGUCAAAGUGCAUCGCGAACCAUCAGUGUGUCUGAUUCAAGCGCUACCACAAAUAGGACGCACAGUCGUUCCAUGUUACAUACAAAAUUGCGUAAAAAGACGAAAACUAAACGUUUGAGUGCCUCUCAACAGGCUAAUGGUGAACCCAAUCGGAAGAUACAUCCUCUGAAAAUGACCAUCCGAAGGACUAGCCAAACUCACAAGGUUGCUUCUGAGGUGCGGACUGCUACGGAAUGCUCUAGACUUCCAAAUGGAUUUGCAACGUCUGCCGCUCAUUCGGAUCCUAUGCGAACUCAUAUUAUGGUGGAUACUAUCGCUACUCUGGAUACCCUGUCUAAUAUAAGGUGUGCAUCUCCAGCUCAGGGACCUUCAUUACACGUGAAACCGGUCACAUGUGUUGAUGCAGCCACUUCUACGUCUGGUCUUUCCACUGUAACAGAACCAGAUCCUCUGGGACCUUGUGAGGCCGGAACCAAGGUUGUUGUUGAAGGUGUCGUUUGGCUUGAAACGGCAGGUAUGCUGGUUCUCAACAUUCAGUGGCGGGGACGGUCUUAUAUGGGUACCUUACUGGAUGCUUCAAAGCACAGCUUCGCGCCGUCAUGUUUGGACAGUGGUGUUACCAGUGCGCUGACUCUCCUUCGAGGACAACGUGGUUGGUCGCGUGGAUCCUCUGGCCGGUUCAGAAAUCGUGGAGUGCAUCACUUUCACCAUCUUCAUCAUCACCGUCAUGGCCGACACCAUCGACAUCACGGAGCUGGGGCUUCCAUGACAACACGGGCAGCCGCUGCCGCGGCAGCGGCAGCAGCAGCUUGUUAUCCAAAUUCUGAUUCUGCUGCACCGAAUCCCAAUUCUGUUGAAGGAACUUUGGAAAUUUCCGAAACUUCCCAAAGUGGCAUUUCCACUGGACACUCAAGGUUUGCCAUUUACGAUAUGGAUCUCAGUACUGGUGAAGCAACUACUCCAGCUGGGAACAGUCAGCGAGGAUCCAAACGCCGACGCCGGCGAGGAGCUGGUUUCAGUCGACCAUAUCGUCGUGUUGCCUCUAGAUUGAACAAUCGAGAUGAAGAUCCUUCUAAUAGUAUGUCUCCACGUUUGGCCAGAGGUUCGUCCUUGAAUGACGUACUGUUUAAUGUGGAUAAGGUACCCACGGAGUUUGACGAUUCGGCGGUCCAUUUCACGUGUCCAUUUCCAGGAUGCAAAAGUGACUUUCCAGACUUAAUAAGUAUGCGUUACCACUUUUCUUUGGGACACAGUAAUCAAGAUCAACCGGAUGCGUCCAACACCCCAUCAGCAUCUAUAUCCAAUGAAUACCCCAAGCCGGACUCGAUGGAAACAUCUACGAGUGAUCAACCAUCUUACAAGUUUUAUAAUCAGUCAGGUCAUUCUUCUCCACCUCCCUUAGCUCGAGCAGAAUGUCUCAGGGUUCAAAAUAAUGACACUAAAUCCACGAUGGAUGACCGGUUCGAUGAAAACUUAGCUCCUCCCAGAUUGGACCGCGUUGUUUCCAUUCCAGAUUCUAGCAAUGGGCCUUCGAAACUUUCCCACUCACCGGGUCUGAGUGAUGAACCUCCUGCCCCCAGCCCAGCCUAUUCCGACAUAUCCGACGAUGGCACAGUGCCUGCAGAGCAUAAUAUCUCCUUCGGGGAACCUACUAAUUCUAAAUUGGAGGGUGAGAAAAAUUUCCCACCUGGUCAAUCGAUUUUCUCGCCGUUGGCGACAUCGCUUGUUGUGAAUCCAAACAGACAGACAACUACUGGAGAGUACAACUCAUCCACUUCCAUAUCAUCAGCUGUACUGAAGCAUUCCCCAAAUGUCGUAUCGGGAACUCCGAAUGGUUUCUAUUUUCCCGUUCGUAUUCUCUCUCCUCAAAUCUUGGCAGCGGGUCAGUCAUCUCCGCGUCACGUGCCCGGUUCAUCGUCUGUGAUGUCUGCCCAUGCCCUCAGUGCUGGUGGUCUUACCCAUAGUCCACAUGAUCGAAGACAUGGUGAGCUUGGUCGUGAUAGUAGCCCAGGUUUUUCUACUCCCCCUAUUCCUCUGUCAGCCUAUGCACCUCUGGUGCAACAAACACCUUAUUUUGUUCACGCAUCGCAGCCACUUGGUGCUACGAUUGCCAGCCCUCUUCCCGCUGUGUAUAUUCCUGGUGUGAACUCUUUUUCUAUGCCCCCAUCACACCCGCAACUACCGCAACAACCACCUCCGACUUUGAAUUCUAUGCCAAACAGUGGAAUAGUUAAUUUGUGCAUAAAUGAUCAGGGUCAUUUGUCCUCGGUUACUCCUCAACCCAGCAGUGCUGCAGUGGUACAGAGUCAUUCCGAUCCUGGAUCUAACAGUCCUCGUCUGGCCUGUCAUGUUCGACAUCCCUCCGGUCCUAACCGAUAAUCCUUCAUGCUUUGGCAUUUCUACCCGAAAAAAAUGGCGUUGUACCUCAUGCUCGCUCGGACAGAUUUUUGUUCAUUCUGGCCACCCAUCUUCUCCGUGUCUUUUUGCCGAACUCUUGACUCUUUCGAACCGCACGGAAAUUACUGGCGGUCAUUUUAUGAAUACGUAACAACGAAAAGAGACAACUGCAUCAGUAGGGUUUACGUCAACAAGCACCUCAACAUUAUAUUUGCCCGCCGUCUUUCAACACACACACACACACUCGUCGGUUGGUUAUUUAUACGGUCGCACGAUCAAGAACUUUUGUGAACGUGGAUCUAUUUUUCUAUCGAAUUACACACUUGUACUUGCACGAUGUUACGGUCCUUGUGCGCUAUCCCCUGGGUUUCGACGGUGCUCGUUGUUGUAGUUGGUGUCUGUUUUCUUGUUUUUGAAGGUGCAACCACGCCCGGACAGUGACUGCUGAAAUGACCACCAUGACGAAACCACUACACACCUACGUACAUACCUACUAUAUACACUUAUUAUUCGACUUUUGUAGUGUAAAUUUACGCGCGCUCAUGUGCACGUGACCGUAGUGAUAUCCCUCCUCCUUCUACCGUAUUUGUACAUACAUGUGUAACGCUGUUUCAUCCACACAGAGAUGUGCAAUUGACUGACUAACUGUGGGAACUACUCGAUUUGCUGAGGACUGAAAUGAGAGUAAUCGAAUUAUGGUAU